AUGCAGCUCGUGAAGCAAGUCAAGUCGUUUGGAGGAGUGGUCAAGCGGUACGCGCACGAGAGCAGCAGUACGAAAUGCACCAUGCACUUUAGCAUCUUCCUGCCACCUGCUGCGAGCGACAGUCACAAAGUGCCGGUGCUCUUUUACCUGGCGGGGCUCACGUGCGACGACGAGCUGUUGUUUGUCAAGGCACCUGAAGCCCAGAAGGCAGCUGCGAGUCGCGGCAUUGCGAUCGUGACCGUGGACACGAGUCCACGCAAUGUGAACGUCCCGGGGGAGCAAGACCAUUGGGACUUUGGCACGGGCGCGGGCUUUUACGUCGAUGCGACCGAGCCAGCGUGGGAAGAGCACUACCGCAUGUACUCGUACGUGAGCAAAGAACUACCGGCGCUCGUCACUGCGAGUUUUCCUGUGCUGGAAGACAAGCACUCGAUCAUGGGACACUCCAUGGGUGGCCACGGUGCCCUCGUGCUCGGCAUUCGCAAUCCCGACCAGUACAAGUCGAUCUCGGCAUUUGCCCCGAUUUCGCACCCGAGUCAGUGUCCAUGGGGGAUCAAGGCGUUCACGGGCUACUUGGGCGUUGACCAGGAAACGUGGAAGACAUACGAUGCCACACAGCUCAUUCUGAAGCAGGGGCCCAUUGCCCAGCCCAUUCUCAUUGACCAGGGACGGGAGGACAACUUUCUGCAAGAUCGGCAGCUACUGCCUGAGGCUUUUGAGGCGGCGUGCAAUUUGGUGGACCAGAAGGUGACGCUUCGCAUGCAGGACGGAUACGACCACAGCUACUACUUCAUCGCUUCGUUCGUGGAAGACCACGUCAACUAUCACGCGGACGCUUUGCUUCAGUAA